AUGGGAGGUACUUGGCAAGAGAACAGUGCGGUCGCACGCCAGAGGCUGAUGGACUCCAUUCCCUCCAAGUGGCGCCUCCAAACACCUCCCCCCGAGUCUCAAACAGAUGUUCGCUCGGUUCCCAGAGACUGUGGACUGCUUACAGAACGACAACUUGAAAUUACAGAGCAAAAUGCCAGCGAAUUGAUGCCUCAGUUGCUGAAUGGAAGCCUAUCGUCGGUCGAAGUGACAGAGGCGUUUUGCGCCCGAGCCGCAAUCGCCCAUCAAUGUGUGAAUUGUCUCACAGAUUACUUCUCCGAUGAGGCUCUUGCACGAGCGAAGGAACUGGAUGAUAUUCUGGCAAAGACGGGUAAACCCGUUGGACCUUUACAUGGUCUGCCCGUGGGAAUCAAGGACAUCUUCCAUAUGAAGGGCAAGAUCCUCACCAUGGGCUUUGCUGCCUGGCAUAACAACCGGUGCAACUCGGAUGCCGCGAUAGUUCAGAUACUGCGCAAUGCUGGAGUCGUCAUGGUCGAUAUAGCUGUUUUCUUCGUUCGAACCACUAUGCCCCAGACCGGAAUGUUCCUCGAAACCUGGAGUAACCUAUGGGGUCGAACAACGAACCCGCACAACAGAGGAUUUUCUGCCGGAGGGUCAUCAGGAGGAGAUGGCAGCCUCGUGGCUAUGCGCGGUGCACCUUUUUGUCCUUCGACUGACAUCGGAGGAAGUAUCAGAGCUCCCGGAGCGUUCAACGGAAACUAUGCAAUCAGGCCCACGGCUGAAAGAACGGCACGAACCGGAUUUGGGACACUACGCCCUGGCCAGAUCUCGAUAAAGGUGUCGUCGGGCCCCAACUGUCACAGCAUAGCCGACAUCAAGCUGGGCACCGAAGUUCUACUCUCCCUUUACGGCCUUCCUUAUGACACUACAGCUGUUCCUUUAGCAUGGAAAAAUGUCCCACCGAAGACAGGAAAGUUAUGUUUCGGGUUGAUGACAACAGAUGGUGUCGUUGAGCCUCACCCACCUUGCUCCAGAGCGCUGCGAGAGACCGCUGCUAAGUUGCGAGCCGCAGGUCAUGAAGUCAUUGAAUUUCAACCACCAUUUAACUGCUGGGAGGCUGCAGAUACAACAUGGAGACUAUGGUUCCAGACUGGAGCAAAGGAGUCCAAAGGUCUGGUAGCGUCCGCGGGAGAGCCCCUUUAUCCAACAUUCAGCUGGUAUCUGGAGACAUUCAAUAUCCAGCCUCUGACGGUUCCAGAACUAUUUGCUCUUAAUACCAAACAAGCCGAGUAUCGUCAGAAGAUGGCAGAAGCUUGGUAUAACACCAAGUCACAGACAGGAACCGGCCGACCUAUUGAUGCUUUAAUCUGUCCAAGCGCACCUUCUGCAAGUUUCCCACACGGUCAUCCUGUUUGGUGGGGAUAUUUGAGCCUGUGGAAUAUCCUCGACUACCCAAGCAUCAUUGUACCGGUCAAAAAUUUCCAUAUUGACCCAGAGGAAGACGCCAAGGAUGCCAGCUACCAGCCUCGGGACAAUGUUUUCGACAAGAUGAACCAGGAUAUUUAUGAUCCGAAGCUGUGGGAGAACUUACCAGUGACAGUUCAAGUUGUUGGCCAACAAUAUGAAGAUGAAGAGCUCAUUGCCGUGACCGAGUGUUUGGAUAAAGUCUGUAACGCAUAA